UUGGUGUGUAUUUAUCUGCCUUCCUUUGACUGUGAUUACUGCACUGAAUGACGUUGGCCACGGUCUGCAUCAUAUACUUCCUGCAUAAACACCUCAUCUCUCAAACUUCGAAUCCAAAAUGUCUCAAAUAGCCAAGCUGCACAGUGUGUCACUCCAAAUCUACGCUGUGUUUAUCGGCAUUUAGCAGUAAUGUUCAAGCUCUGAGCUAAAAGCUACAGUUUCUCCUCAACUCCUGCCUCUCAAUUGGUGGAGAAUGGUCAGCUGACGUUGUCAUAUUGUCUCUCACCGAGCCAAGCCUCGGCUAUAACACUCGGGUUUGUGCGUCUUAACCGGAGAUUGGAAAUUAAUAAUAUUGAAUCCUCAAAGUAGCCCACGUCCACGCGGAGAGGCAGAAAGUCAAGGAAAAAAGAAGCAGAGCUGGGAGAAAGGUGUGGUUGCAUUGACAGAGACGGGAAGGAGAUUUACUCAGGAGGAGAUUGUAAAGAGACCGAUAAAGAAGUGGGGAGAGUUGGAGAGAGGGUUACACGCAAGGUAUGAAUUCUUAUUUCGCAAACCCGUCGCUCUCCUGCCAUUUAUCCGGUGGUCAAGAUGUUUUGCCUAACGUUCCCCUGAACUCCACCACCUAUGACACAGUCAGACAUUUUUCGUCGUACGGUGCCGCUGUGACCCAGAAUCGGAUAUAUACACCUUUCUACUCUCCUCAAGACAAUGUCGUCUUUGGCUCGGGUCGGGCUCAGUACGAGUAUGGAUCAAACGUGUUCCUCCAGGACAAGGACGUGCUGCCCAGCUGCAGGCAAACAAACAUGGGACUCAGUACACAAAGCCACAUUGCUCAAGAGUACAGUUUGGAUCAAGGAAGAGCAGGAGCGCAGGAUCAGAAAGGCAACGUCCCGAUCUACCCGUGGAUGACGCGAAUGAACUCACACAGCGCAGGAGUCGGGUACGGGACAGACAGACGCAGAGGACGUCAGAUUUACUCUCGCUACCAAACACUUGAGCUGGAGAAGGAGUUUCACUUCAACCGCUACUUGACCCGGCGCAGACGCAUCGAAAUCGCCAAUGCGCUUUGUUUAACAGAGCGCCAGAUCAAAAUCUGGUUCCAGAACCGACGCAUGAAAUGGAAGAAGGAGAGCAACCUGACCUCCACGGUGACUGGAAGUGAACAGACAGGAGGGACGCCAGAGGAGGAACGCAAUGGCGCAACAGAGGAAGCGAAGGAUGACGAUGAGGAGAAGAAGAAAGAGUAGUUUGAAAGGAAAAGAAGUGGAGAGAAAAAACACCUUAAUGACCAUUAAAACCCAACAUAACUACCUAAAAAAACAACAUACAUGGACUUGAGAGCAGCUUCACUGCAUGAUGGCUUCCCCGCCGCUCUCGCACUCACAUCUUGCGAUGGAGUGUUUGAGCCUUAGAAAUCAAACCAUUUCAGCCACAGUUUGGACCCAGUGACAUUUGGAGCUCCGAUUUUUUUAUUGCAACGUCACACUUGUAUUGUAAUUAUAAUAAUAAUAAUAAUGACGACGAUGAUGAUGAUGGUGAUGAUGAAAAACCUAAGUAUUAAUGUGUGUGUUAUUUCCCUCCCACACCCUCGAAAAUACGUGUAUUUAUGCCCCCCACACCCCAUCAAUCACUGUGAACUAUUUGAUCACCUUACAAAAUACAAUGUUGGACACGACUUAAGUAUGAACUCAGUGUUGUACAUGAACAUUCCACGAAAAGAAAGAAAGAAAGAAAGAAAGAAAGGAGCGAGCGGACACUUCAUGUGUCCACAGUACAGUGUAGUACUUGAAAAGUGUUCUGCAUCAAGCUGAAAGUUGCACGAACUGUUAAAAUAUCUACACACACACACACAACUGAAAUGCCUGUAUAUAAUCCAGUUACCAGUAUAUUAUGUAAAUCCUGUGAGGACGUCUGUGCAUUUAAUCCGCUUAAUAGACGCUGCGUUACAUACACUUUGGAUCAUUUGACUCAGUAUGUGGAUUUCAAUGUGAGAUAGAGAUUUGUACACUCCGGUUUGGGAGUUACAACGUUCAUGUUUUGUCAUAAUUGUGUAUCAUGGAAUAAAAAACAUUUGUAAAACUUUCA